CAGCGGGUGUUUCCACUGCGUUGUUUACGCGAUCAGGACGAGGCAGGGCUUGCACAACAUACCAAGGCUUCAAAUCAAAUGUGGGCACAAUUGGAAGUUCGUGUAUGUGUUAUUAGUGGUCGACAGUAAACAUGCACUGCAGUUUUACUGAUACCCUACGUUGAAACAUACGGAACGUAGCCUGCCUGCAGUGAAAUAAACAAUGUGCUCUUUAUUAACACGACAUUCCGAGCGAUCUGUAGUCGACAGGGAACAUUCUGCCAUCUAGCGGACAGGUUCCGCAACGAGUACUCUGUGUUUUGUUUUCUCGCGAUGAGGUUUGUUUAGAUUUGUUGCAGUUAAAUGGACCUUGCGAGUUGUGAUUUCUUCGUGCAAGAGGACAUUUCAAGACAACUGAAAACAUUAGGUUCAUAUUUAAAAGUAAAAAUGGCUCGGUUUUAAAGGUACAAAUGAUAAGUAAAGCAGACUGUUUGUCGUUUAUGUGUUAUUAUAUGAAAUAAAUAUUAGACGUCGAACUAAAGUUCAGUGAUUGUGAUGAGUGGCAUGAUUUAAGUGUGUUUUGUGCACUUCUGGAAUCUGCACCCACUGACGUCAACACAUACGAUCGAGUCGGUCUGAGGGCAAGUGAGAUAGUAGCAUGGACCUUACCACACGGUCGCGGCUCGCGCCUUGCGACGGGAAUACCAACAACAAGCCACGUGUAGCGAAGUCCGUGUUCUCUAUAAGGAGCAUCGUGGAUGUGAAGGAGGACACCUGCUGCACCCGACCAGUCGAUUACUCUUCAAAUAUCACCGGUGUGGAGUCUAGUGACGCUUCCCCUGUACCAGCAGUUCAAGAACAAGAAUUUGCCACUAGUGUGCUAGUGCAAUCCCAACAGGAAAUUCUGAGUAACGGAAUUGGGGGGAACUGUAGUUCUAGUUCUGGUACGGCAGUUGUUAUAAUGGGUGUGUCUGAAGAAAGUGAAAAGGCUGAAGAGGAACUGUCUGCUGUAGACUCACCCCCAUCGGUGCUGAUGGGGGAAUGUGAUGGUGAGAAGGGGCCGGGUGGUAAAACAGCUCUUCUUAUGGAGCACGGAAGUACGAGCAGCGGCUCUGUCCUCGACCCUGUCGGAAGUAGUAAUGCGUCGGAGAAUAACAGCGAAGGAGAACUGGAUGACUUUGCACCGAAGAGGAAACAGAGACGAUACCGCACCACGUUCACCAGCUUCCAGUUGGAGGAAUUGGAAAAGGCAUUUGCUCGGACCCAUUAUCCCGAUGUCUUCACGAGGGAGGAGCUAGCCAUGAAAAUCGGAUUGACAGAAGCUCGUAUUCAGGUGUGGUUCCAGAACAGGAGAGCGAAAUGGCGGAAACAGGAAAAAGUCGGUCCCCAGGGACACCCAUAUAACCCGUACAUGAGUUCAGGGGCGGCUGCGCCACCGUCUGCAGUUGUGGCACCAUCUCUGCCGAAUCCGUUCUCACACCUCGGGUUCAGCCUCCGGAAGCCGUUUGAUGGAGCAGGUUCCGCAGGGCUGGCUGCUGCUUUUCGUGUGGGCAGCGCGUACCCUCCGCUACCUCCGGGCCACGUGUUACCGGGUACUUACCUCAGCCAUCACCCGGCACCGCAUCAUUUCCCGGGCCACCAGCAUCGCGGGGCGCCGCCCCCACUCCUUCCUCCCAGUCUCAGUCACCUCACAUACAACUCUGCGGCGGCGGCGGCCAGCUCGUUCCAGACCCUCCUCGCCAACAUCUCGGCGGCACAGCGUCCCAAGCUGCCGGGUUCGAGCCCCGUCGGCGACGAAUACCAGCACGCCGCUGCCCUGCUGGCCGCGGCGACUGCCUCAGCUAUUGCGCCACCGGGCAGCUCGGUGCCCCCUUCGGAAGGCCCGGUGCCGGGGCAGGCGCCAGACCUCGACAGGAGGAGUUCCAGCAUCGCGGCUCUGCGCCUCAAGGCGAGAGAACACGAACUGCGGUUGGAGCUACUGCGCAAGAACGGCGACCUGAUCAGCUGAAGACAGCGCGCUGCCGUAGUCAAGUACUGUUUAGUGCCUUCACAGCAGAACGUUGUGUCAUGUACAUAUCUGAACAUGUCAUUUUUAUUAGCGCAAUAUAACAGCAAUAAUGUUACAAGGAGUGAUUGAAAUGUUAAGAAAAUCGGUAUUAAUAAUUAUUAUAUUGUCUAAAAUAUUCUGUGAAUAUUUUGUGAAUGUCUGCCUCAAACCGUUUCAAACCAUGCUCAUACAAGUCGCUAUUGAUCUUCUGGGAUCUUCGGGUCUGAAGAUGGAAGCAACAUGUUCCUCCGAAACGUUAAUCUCUAUCUAUAUGUCUACACGGUGUUAAAACCAGAAGACCAACAUCGGCUUCUACACUCACAUCUUGCACGCUCCUACUUUCCAACUAACUCCACGGAGCAGAGGGUGAUAGUAGCUUUGCUUAUAAAAAUACUCUCCUUUUAUGCAUCCUAAAUCUUUAUCACAAUGUCCAUACGAGCCCACCACUUAACUCUAUCUUCAGCCAGUUGAAUCCAUCAACAUCAUUAACCAUUUAAGAUAGAUUUUCAUUGUAGAUCUCCUAAGUGGAAUUUUUCCUUCAGUGUUCCCGAUUAAAAUUUUGAGUGCACAUUGCCGCCAUGCCUCUUUAUAGACGAAGCGUCCCCACAUUUCAUCCUCCUUAAUUUGUUUGUAAUAAUAUCUGUCAAGUACAAAUUAUGAAUAUU